AUGGAGAAGAAGCCCCAUUUAGAGACUCUUUAUGCUCAAAAAAUAGAUUUCUUAAGCACCUAGAAAGUGCUCCUAUGCAAUCAUUUCUUGGAAAUUCUACUGUCAUUGAAGAUAUUUAUUCAGACUUAUGAAAAACUUUUUGUCUAAAUAAAUGUUUUGAGCAGCAUUCAUAAUCUCUUACAAUAAAUAUUUCCUUCUACUUGCUUAAAAACUGAGAGCACAAUUCAAUCCAGAAUUCUGCUUUAAGUUAAAAAUAUUUCUAAAUUGCUUGGGAUCUCAGUUACAUUCGAUGAGUAAGCUUAAUUUUAGUUAUUUGAUGAAGUAUCUGUUUCUUUGUAAUUAUAACUCACACUAAUUCUCUCCUGCUAAUUCAUACUCUCUAAGUUUGUUAGAAGAUUUUUGAUAAACUUUUAAAGAGAUGAAGGUUGGUUCACGGGACAUAAAAAAGCCAAAUAUGAAAAAUUAAACAUUCUGCAUCUUCAAAUAUUUCAUCAUCAAUCCCUAAUCAAAUCAAUAAUAAAAUAUUCUCAUUUUUUAAAUAAUUUAUAAAUUAUAGAAUGA